CGAUGCGCCAAUGCUGUGGGCUGGAUUGCUGUAAACGUGAAAAUCCAUUUUGUUCCUGUUGUGUAGUGUUGUAUUAGUAUAUCAUGGCUCUAAAUAAGAAGAUAGAAGAAGGUUUGGAUCAUAUAAAAACAGCAGAAAAGAGUCUGAAGACAUCUUUAUUGAAAUGGAGGCCAGACUUUGACAUUGCAGCAGAUGAAUACAGCAAAGCAGCUACCUGCUUUAGAAAUGCCAAGUCAUUUGAGCAGUGUAAAGAUUGUCUGUUGAAAGCUGCUGAUUGCCACAGACAGAACAGAUCAUUAUUUCAUGCUGCCAAGUGUAUUGAUCAAGCAGUGCUUGUGUGCAAAGAUUUGGGAGACUACAGAGAUGUGGCAUCUUUGGCAGAGAGAGCCUGUAACUUGUACCAGCAACAUGGUUCUCCUGAUUCAGGUUCUGCAUCAUUGGACAAGGCAGCAAAGCUAUUGGAAUCGCAACGUCCUGAUCAGGCACUCAGGCUAUAUCAGCGUGCUGCUGAUGUAGUUUUAAUCGAAGAUAGUCAAAGACAAGGGGCUGAAUUUACAAGUAAAAUUGCACGUCUCAUGGUUAAACUACAGAUGUAUGAUGAGGCAGCUGAUGCUCUUCGUAGAGAAAUAGGGUUGCAUCAGCAGUCUGAAAACAUUUCCGCUAUUGGUCGCCUGGCUGUUGCUUUGGUAUUGGUACAGCUGGCACGUGGAGAUACCGUUGCUGCAGAGAAGGCCUUCAAAGAAUGGGGAAAUUGCUGUGAUGCCCCAGAGGUACAGACUCUGGAGAUGUUGUUACAAGCUUUUGAUGAGGAGGAUCCACAGGCAGCCCGGCAGGCCCUCAAUAACCCUUUCAUCAAGCAUAUGGAUGUUGAAUAUGCCAGAUUAGCUAGGGACUUGCCAUUGCCUGAAGGUGUGGUGCCUGUAUCCAAGCCAUCUGUCCGACAAAAUGCUGCUCCAUCAUAUGUGUCACCCAAAGCAGUUUCUGCAGCUACCAGUGCUGAGGAAGGAAGAAAAUCAGCUACAGGGGAAUCAAAUGAAACCAAAUCUCUUCAUAGUGAUGAUGAAUAUGAAGGUGGUCUAUGCUGAAAAAUAAAUCGUGUUUCCUUCGAAUCAAGAUGUAUAUAUGACAUGGCAUUGCUAGAUCUACGGUAGUAAUGUGAUGUGUGUGCAUUUUUUCUCAUCAGUAAUAGAAUGUACAAGUUGUUCACAGAAGAAUGGCUCUAUUGUUUUUCCAUCUAUUAAGGCAUUUCUGUAUCUUUGUCAGUCUACAUACCCUUGAUCUCAGAAUGAGACAUCUUUUCAGUCAGGGUUUAAUUUUUAUCUGAAACUAGGCCCAUGUGUAAUCUGGUAAUAUAUACACAACAAGAUACUCAUACACAGACUUUCCAUUUUAAACAAACUUUAUUUAUUCCAUGUCCAGAAAAGUUAUCAAGAAAUUCUUUUGUGCCCUUUUAAUCUAUGUUUAACACUGUAUGAAAUGUAUCUUGUGUGUCCCUGGUUCAGAACCACAGAUCCUUAUCAUGUAUACCAUCCAUUUGAAAUUUGUGUCUUUAUGUGGAAUUGGAGUAUUGUUUUAUUUUUGAUAGUUCAUAGUGACAUAAUGUAACAAAUCUGGAUUAAUUUGAGAUUUUACAGUAGCAAAAGGCCAAACUUGUUAUGAAGCCCAACGUAGAAUUCGGCACAGAAAGUUUGUGUUGUACCAAAGAAUGAGAUUGUUAUGCAGCAGAAUGGUAUGGUGUUUUCAGUACCAGAUUCCAAACAGUAUUGCUGGGCCACCACAUGUUUUAGUGCCAGACUGCAAAGAACUGUUUUAUAAAUUCAGUCUGUACAUACGAGGUGUGUUCAAAAAAUGAUGGGAAUUUCCGUAUUUUGGAAAAAAUAUUUAUUCAUUCGUCUACAUUAAUGUUGUCGCCUUCAAAAUAGUCCCCAUUCGAUAUUAUGCACUUAC